AUGUAUUACGAGUUUCUGAUCAUUCAGCUUGUAGCUUAUUACACGUAGAUGUACCGAAUAGGUGGAUCUGUGCGAUUGUUUAUUGCUGUUAUUGACGUAUAAAGUUACUGCGUUGAAAUAUCUUUGCGUUGAACUUUCGUGCGAGAAAGGAGUGGCACGUAAGUGAUUUAACGUCUGAUCAUCGCAGAAAUUCGUCUCAUCAAGUGUAUGGAUAUACUCAGUGUUUCGUGUGUCAUUGAAUGACAAUCUUCAGGAUGGCAGAUAAUAACGGGGACUCGUCGCCACAAGUAGAAAGAGGAUGGUCAGCAUUGAAGGAGCAUAUUUCAGAGAAUAAGAUUAAUUUUGGACUAUGGCUUACAAGAUGUUUCACUAUUAUAUUCACCAUUGGUUAUAUUAUUCCUAUAUUUGGCAAUCCUUUUAACAUAUACUACAAAAUACUGAUGAAUAAUGCAGCGACAAGUGCAUUGCGACUUCACCAAAGAGUACCUCGUGUGCAGCUUACUAGGCAAUUUUUAGAAAUGUUAUUGUUGGAGGAUUCGUGCCACUACUUGUUCUAUUCGCUGAUAUUUUUAUAUACAGCGCCGGUCACAUUGGUGCUCACACCAGUUUUUUUGUUCGCUUUGCUGCAUAUGGCCAGUUAUUCUCUUGCAUUGCUAGAUUGUCUAGGACAAAACAGUUGGUGGGGUGCUCGUCUUGUGAUAUCCUUGGUGGAAUUUCAAUCACGGAAAAUUCUUCGUCUGUGUGCUCUAUCAGAAAUUAUCAUUUUGCCGUUUACAGUUCUCCUAGUAUUCACAAGUCGUGCUGGUUUAUUAACACCUUUCAUCUACUAUCAGUUCUUGAAACUGCGUCUUUCAUCUCAAAGGAAUCCGUACACGCGAAAUGUAUUCUACGAACUCAGAAAUGGAUUGAGCUCUGUAUCGAAAAAGCCUGCGGUACCGGAUAUUGUACGAAGAAUGAUCGACGGUCUGCUCUCACUCACGCAACAAAUGGCGCCAGUCCGUCAAUAAUAAAUAGUUACUGAUACUGUUCUCAAAUUCUUUCUCAUAUUGUUCAAGACAGAUCUCCUAGAGUUCUAGGGUCCACUCUCAGCGGCACUUUCAUGAAUAGCUAGCGCAAAAUGAGUGCUGACAUAAAAAAAGUCCCCAUAAAUGUAUGUAUUAUGAAACGACUUGAGAGUUCAUGACAACAAUCAAAGCAUGAAGAGUUUCUUGUAUUAAUAAUAUAAUAAUAAUUAUGCUCUUUCAUUACUGAAUGUUGAGUAAAAAUGUAAGAGUGUACUUCAUAUUAAUUAUUAUCACAUAGAAUUCACCAUUUAAUCAGAGAUUUACACAAACGGUGGCUAGGUUUGGUUGAUGUAUUUUAUAUCUUUCAGAAUAAGAUUUAUGAACGAAAUAAUUAUGCACAUGUAUUAACUUCACGAUUAUAAACAUAAUACGUAAACGUAAUUUAAAUCAUGGAUUUGUAAUAAAUAGGUAAAUGGUAUGUGGUGGAAUUUGUAAUACAGAUCUUAUGCUGGUUCAUCUGACUGGUUAAAUUUUAUUUCGUCCGGCUUUACGGUAUUAAUAUGUGUAACAUUUAUUAUAUAUAAAUUGAAAGAACGAACUUUUGAAAUAUGAUCGCAUUAUUUCUGAAUAAUAAAACGUUAAAUUAAUCAUUUCUUUGAAACAAGCUCAA